AUGGCCUUCCAAACCUUCGGCAGCGCCAACUUCACCAGCUCCAGGUCCUUGACCAUAGGUAGCACACUCAAUGGCUCUCAGGCAGACCGAAGUACUCUCCGCAAUGUGAAAUUACUUGCGGGGUCUAAGGCGUCCCGUAGUACUGCUACCAAUUCCACUAUUCAGCAGAAUAGUUGGGUGGAACGGAGCACUGUCAAUAGAUCUACUAUUUCUGGGAGCUCAUUGCAUCGAUCCACGCUCAACGAAUGCGAGGUGGAAAACUGUGUGUUGUUGAGGACAGCUUUCUCAGGGAUGGUGCUGAAGAACGGGGUCUGGCGAAAUGGAAUUUUGGUGGGCAAGUUGCAGGAGGGGGAUGUGGUGAUGGAGACGCGGAAUGGGAUGAUCGUGCCAUUGCCGGAGAACCUCGUGCUGGAGGUGAGGGAUGCGAGUCAUUGGCUAGAGGGGGCGUCCCGUUCAGAGGGGGCGUUUGACAUCGAUCACCUAAGAGGGAAUAUCUUUAGUCGGGAGUUUAUCUUCAAUCCCCCAGGCUCAACGGUUACCAACCAAUCUACAGGACGCUUGUAUAUGGGUGACGAUAUGACGCCAACGAGAUUCUUCGACAACUUCUCCAGCAAUGGCUAUGCGGGGAUGAAUAUGGGAAGGGGGAUCAAUACGGCGAUGCAUCAUAACUACGAGAGAGCGUCGUCGCGGUCGCCCCCGCCGCCUUAUACACCUUGA